AUUCCAGGCGAUAAAACGGUGGCCGUGGGUGCAGGAGUCUAAAUAAACAAGAUCACCCUGCUCUAUUUUCCCUGUGCUCUCUGUUAUUCUCUCCUCCACUCCAGGGGAAACUUUACAGAAGAGGAAGCGACAAAAAACAACGUGAAAGGGCAAGCACGGAGGAACAGCUCUCGAAGCAGGGAGAGGAAAUUUACAACAUCGCCCCCUGAGCUUUUAGAGUCCAGACUUGACUGAUACUGCACCGGUGGGCUUGGUACAAGAACCAAAGAAAAACUAGCUUUUAGCUGGCACCAAAACGCGACAGAGAAACCCAGCUCGGUUCUAACGAGGCUGGUGUUAGAGCCAAAACAGAACCGGCAUUUUCCUGGUACUAGAACCAAGUUUAAGGAGAUAGAAAUAGCUUGGUAUUGGAGUCUGAAAGCACUGCCUGGGCACCUUGAUUCUAAGAAUACAAGCCUGGCUUAGAACAGUUGCAGACAACCUGAAAUCAAAGGCCCAGAGUGAACUGGGACCAGAAGCAGCCAGACUGGGGACAUAAACAGACACCAACAGUUUCCAAGAGUUUCCCAGGAUUCAGUACAUAACCGGAAGAGCAAGGCUCAGAACCAAUCCAGCAUCUCUCGGAAAGCCAUUCAGAAUCACUCGUCUAGAGUUCUUUUGGGUUCAACCAUAUCUAAGUUCACCUCCCUGAGACAUAGAGCAUCAUGGAGGACGGAGCGCGUCGUCGAGGUGGUUCUGAGAAGGACACAGCAAGCCCGGAGAAACCAGAAGAAGGUGGUGUGGCACUCAAGAAAGAAAUUGGGCUGAUAAGCGCGUGUGGCAUUAUCGUGGGUAACAUCAUUGGAUCGGGGAUUUUUGUUUCGCCAAAAGGUGUGUUAGAAAACGCCGGCUCAGUAGGGCUGGCCCUAAUAGUAUGGAUCGUCACAGGCCUCAUCACAGCUGUGGGAGCCCUCUGCUAUGCAGAACUAGGAGUCACCAUCCCCAAAUCUGGAGGCGACUACGCCUACGUCAAGGACAUCUUUGGGGGACUGGCCGGAUUCCUGCGGCUAUGGAUUGCUGUGCUGGUGAUCUACCCCACCAAUCAGGCUGUUAUUGCUCUCACCUUCUCAAACUACGUCCUGCAGCCACUCUUCCCCACCUGCUUCCCCCCCGAAACUGGACUGCGACUUCUGGCUGGGGUCUGUCUCUUGCUGCUGACUUGGGUGAACUGUGCCAGUGUACGGUGGGCCACACGCGUCCAGGAUGUCUUCACAGCAGGGAAAUUGCUGGCGUUGGGACUUAUCAUUGUUAUGGGAAUUGUGCAGAUCUGCAAAGGUGAAUAUUUCUGGCUGGAACCACGGAAUGCCUUUGAGUUCUUCCAGACGCCAGAUGUGGGCUUGGUGGCACUGGCUUUCUUACAGGGCUCCUUUGCCUACGGAGGCUGGAAUUUCCUUAACUAUGUCACCGAGGAACUGGUUGACCCUUACAAGAACCUGCCUCGGGCCAUCUUCAUCUCCAUUCCCCUGGUCACCUUUGUGUAUGUCUUCGCCAAUGUGGCCUAUGUCACUGCCAUGUCACCCCAGGAAUUGCUGGCCUCCAAUGCUGUCGCAGUGACCUUCGGGGAGAAGCUGUUGGGAGUCAUGGCCUGGAUCAUGCCUAUCUCUGUUGCCCUUUCCACCUUCGGGGGAGUUAAUGGCUCACUCUUCACUUCUUCUAGACUCUUCUUUGCCGGAGCCCGGGAGGGCCACCUUCCUAGUGUACUGGCCAUGAUCCAUGUGCGACGCUGCACUCCCAUACCUGCCCUGGUCUUUACUUGCCUUUCCACCUUGCUGAUGCUGGUGACAAGUGACAUAUACACCCUGAUCAAUUAUGUGGGAUUCAUCAACUACCUCUUCUAUGGAGUCACCGUGGCCGGACAAGUUGUGCUACGCUGGCGGGAACCUCAUCGGCCCCGCCCCAUCAAGGUGAGCCUGUUCUGGCCCAUCAUUUACCUGCUGUUCUGGGCCUUCUUGUUGGUGUUCAGCCUGUGGUCAGAACCUGUGGUGUGCGGCAUCGGCCUGGCCAUCAUGCUGACGGGAGUGCCGGUCUACUUCCUGGGGGUACACUGGGAGCACAAGCCACCCGCCAUCAACACGUUUGUCGAUGCAAUAACCCGGGCGGGGCAGAAGCUCUGUGUCGUCGUAUACCCCCAGAUGGGCGGGGGAGAACCCGAAAGCAGUCUCAGCAAAGAGACCAAAGAGCAGCUUGAGCCAAUGUGCGGGACUGAAGACCUCAACGGCCCUCGGAACUGAGCCCUCGGGGCCGGGGAGGGUGUCGAAGCAGCCAGCCGUGGACUGCAAGGGUGCCCUUCGCUGGGGCUGAAGUAAGUGGGAGCUCCCGACAGCUAGUAUUUCCGACUGGGAGUGGAAUACCUGGGAGUGACCCACCUCCAUCAGUGUACCCAGCGAGCCUUCUCUGGCAAACCCUGCCGGGAUUGGAGUGCUGCCCCACACCCGCCACUCCCUGCCGCACCCCCUUGCUGCGGCCGGACUUAGUGGGAGCUCUGUUCACCGCCAACAAUGCCGCCCCCCACGCUCCCUGCUGGAAGGGGUCCCUUCGUUGUUGUUGCCUUAUAUUGUUGGGAAUGUUCUCUUUCGGCUUGAACCUCACGGGGGGGAGGGAGAAGGAUUCUCUCUCCCCCCCCCUCAGUUUUUUGAGCUUGUAUUUUUCACAUUUGUCUGUCUCUCUCUCUUUUUUUUGAUGUAAUAAAUUAAGCUUGAACUUGU